GCCUCCGCUCCCCACCGCGUUACUUUCAAUGUGCGGCCCCUUCGUAGCGCAACAAGGCUGGUUUUGCGUUUCUCGGAGGCAGAAAAGUCUGUAAAAUAAGCACAAAUAGCAGCUGAGUAGCAGAGAAGGGAAAUUUGGAGGUACUUCGGGGAACGUGAGAUCCUGUGGUGUUGAUAGCGUUGCACUACUCUGUUCUUUAGUGUGGGAAUCGUUUUGGUUAAUCAGAUCUGGAAUAUCUCACUAGGCAUUUCACUUUUCUUACCUGUUUGUUCAGAUGCAUUACUGGCAGUAGGGCUUUUUAAAUGUGUUUGAUUGCAUUCUUGAUAAAGCUUUUUUAUCCAGGCAUGUGGUAGAGUUCCUAUGGCUGGAAGUUCUGAAGAUGCAAUUUGAUGGGACUACAAGGUCUCCUCUGGACUCCAUCCCUAGCAGCUCAAGACCAGCUUGGAGACGAGUUGCUAAGCAAAUAGAGACCCUUUUACAAAAGCACAGAAUCACAGAAUUGUUCUGGUUGGAAGGGAUCUCCGGAGAUCAUCCAGUCCAACCCCCCCCAGCCAAGGCAGGGUCAACUGGAGCAAGUAACAGGAACACAUCCAGCCUCUGCUGCACCUGGUGAGAGGUUGAUCAUGACAAGGGAAUGUGCUGAGUCUGCCAUGGCCACUGUCCCCUCCCAGGCUCUGUGGGUGACAGAGGAAGCCACUGUCAGAAAUGAGGUGUAGUAGCCAGCACACCUCGCCUUCUCACCACCUUCCCGACAUGAGCAGCGUUGAUAUUGAUGCCUGUGCACAUGCUGACACCCCAGGUAACAUGGCACACACAUUUUAUUAACCCCUCUGACACUUCCUCUGUGCUCCCUGGGCCAGCAAGUGUUCUUCCAUACAGCAUAAAGAAUUAUUUUUUCCUUCCCAUUUGAGCCCAAACUCUUGCCUGUUUUACAAGUGCCUCCAGUACUAGUUUGGGGGGUGGAUUUAGUCGAAUUAAAACAAACCAAACACAUUAGUCCCAUCCCCCUUUCAGCCCUCUGCUCCCCAGACUGAGUCCCAGCCACUCAGUGCCUCCUCCUUUCCAGCACUGCCUCAUUUGCCUUUCCCUGUGUUUUGUCUCAGCCAUUUGCUGCUGGGCUCCUCUGGGGAUGCCGGGGAAAAGGCAGCAAGCUGAGUUCCAGGGGCAUUGCUGUCUCUGUUCUGCUGCUCCCUGUGCUGCUGCCUUUCCCCUGGUGUGCUCCGUGCUGCUGCUUUCCAUGAAACGUGUCCUAGGCAGGGGGAAUAGGGAAGGGCUUGGAACAUACCCAUGCCUAUACAUGCCACUGUGUAGGCACCACCAGUAAUGGGAAAAAUGCAUAUUUUAUGAUUGGCUUUUUGCAAAUAUUCAAAUGAAUAUUAUAUGUGUUAUGUUAGAAAGUGAUGCUGUAUUAAUUUUCUUAAGUAGUGUGUUAAAUAUAGUUUUGGUUAUAACAUAAUGUUAAAAUAGAAACUACGUUUGUGAGAUAUUUUUUAAGAAAGGAACGAGGUACUCGCACCAGAUAGCAGCCACAGGACACCCAAAUCUUUCAGAGAAAGAAAAUUUAUUGCUCCAUUAUCAGAAAAAAUGAACUUCUUCCUGCCUUGCUCAGUCCUGAAGAUGCCGUCAGGAUUAAGAGUAAGAACCUUACACUGACCAGACAGAAUCCUGUGUUUGAAUGGAAUUUAUGCAUCAUGUAUGAAUUGUAUGAAUAUGCAACAGGCUGUUGCUUUUAAGUGUUAAUCCUCUGCUAACGUGUGUCCUUUUUUGGGCUUAUUUUGCCCAGAAAAAGGUACCUGGAUGUCUGUAACUCUUUGUUUUUAUUGUCUCGUAUUGUCCUAAUCUCAAUUGUUCAAAUUUUUAUUACUCUAAUUAUAUUACUAUUUUUAUAACCAUUUUAGUACUAUUAAACUUUUAAAAUUUCAAAAACAAGUUGUUGGUGUUUUUCACAAGUAAGAACAGGAUUUUUUCUGGAAAAACAUUGCCUAAAUGAGGCCAAGGGCUGACACACACUCUCUGACCUUUCCCUGCUUUGCAGUCUCUCCCCACUUCAGGGGACAGCGGGUGGACUCCGCAUCCCUUUCCCCCCAGGCUGAUGCUGAAGACUUUCCAUGUCACAUCCUCCCCAGCCUCCCUGCACUGGCAACGUGACAUUUCCAGAGGCUGGGCUUUGCUGCCUAUGUGUUCUGGUUACUUUUCUUGUAGCGCCUUUCCUAAAUCAACUUUCAAACCAGUUCCCUCCUUUCACUAUCGUUUCCUUGCUUCAACGAGCAACACUGUUACUGAAUGCAGGAAUCGGCCAGUCAUACAGAGCGCCUGGAAUAAAAGCGCACAGCCACAGAGUAGCGGAAACAGCCAAAAAAAAAAAAUAAAUAAAGGAAGUUAGUGUUUUCUGAAGGCUCCCGAGAAUGACUGCGGGAAGGAAAACUACAUCUCCCAGCAGGCAGCCGAAAGCCAGGGAAGGGCAGGGUUCACCGUCGCGUUUCCAGCGGAGGAUUCAGGGUGUGCGCUGGUGUCCUGCCACCAAAGGGCCUCUGGGACGGAGGGCAAGGGGAAAGACCAGCGCUGGCCUCCUCCUGCCACCUCUUUGCUCCUGAUCGCCGCCCUGACCGGCUCCGAACCUGCCUGGUUUGUGGGCGUGUAGUUGGAAUUGGCCGGACCAGGACGGGAUGGUGGCUGUGAGGAGGGCAGGACUCGGUCAGCCUCCGGAACAGCAGGGAGAUACAGCUCCCUAUGAACGUCGGAGAAAGUGAAACCAAACAGCGCAGAAGCCAGAGCUCCAGGGAAAAGUAAAAUGGAAGAGAAUUCGAGCGUGGACCUGCUUGGAGCUGGACCAGCCCAGGGUGAGGUGGGGAGCACAGCAGAGCGUCCUGUGCACCAAGAGCCCACCCAGGAAACACCUGAGCACCAGGAGGCCACCCAGGAAGCACUUGGGCACCAAGUGACAAGCAGGUGGCCUGAGACAUUCUGCAAACCAGAGGAGGACUCUUCAGUGUGUGAAUCAGCUGGUGAUGGGGGAGAGACAACACUCCUGGGUUCAGCCAGUCCCACACUAGAGGAGAAAUCUGCCCAGGAAGUUGGAGUAUUGCCAGAAGAAUCUGACAAGACAAGAAAAGGUGUCUCAGAAAGACCCCUGAAAAAACAGGACUUGGAUGAAGCUGGGCUGGGCCAUGAGAAUGUGGAAAGCAAAGGAGACAGCCCUGUCCACCAGGAAACACGGGAGCACCAGGAGACAACUGUGCAGUGUGAAAGUCUCUGCAAGGAAGAGAAAGAUUCCUUGUCAACAAGCAAGGCACAGAGCUCUGACAGUGAAAUGACACAUUUGGAUGGGACUGGCGUGGAAGAUGUCCCCAGGGGCCACUUGGCAGAGAAGAGCAGUGCCACUCUCCCAGGCUGGGAGCCAGAGGCACCCAGAGGGCAAGAAACACAGGAGAGCGAGUCCCAAGGCACGUUAAGGAAAAGACCAAAAGGGGACACAGCCCCAAACCCAGAGACUCUGUCUUCCCUGCAGAACAUCACCACCCAAAGCACAGAGCAGGAGAAGGCCAAAAAGUUCCUCCUGUGUAAAGGGCUUUUCAUCGUGGGCCUCACAGUGCUGGGCUUCUGCAUAUUCUGCUUCGGCAGCCCCACCUCCAGCUCCCAGCAGCCCCGCAAGAACCCCACGGUGGAGGCCUUCCUGUCCCAGUUCGACCAGCUGCAGCGCAGCUUCCCGGGCCAGAGCCCCGACCUGUGGCUCCGCGGGCGCAAGUUCCUGCGCAAGCACCUGAACGCGUCCCGGCCCACGCAGCCGGCCAUCAUCAUCCUCACGGCCGCCCGCCGCGGCGAGCGCACCCUGCGCUGCCUCAGCGCCCGCCUGGCCGACUGCUACUCGGCCGCCCUGCACGGCAGCACGGUGCAGAUCGAGGGCAGGGACAAAGCCAGGCUCCACAGCGACCAGGCCAAGCUGCAGGUGGACUCGGAGCUGAGCGCGGCCUUCCAGGCCGGCGGCCGGGCCGCGGUGGUUCACCGCUUCGAGCUGCUGCCCGCCGGGGCCACGCUCAUCUUCUACAAGUACUGCGACCACGAGAGCGCCGCCUUCAAGGAUGUGGCCCUGCUGCUGACGGUGCUGCUGGAGGAGGACGUGCUGGAGAGCCGCAUCAGCCUCCAGCAGGUGGAGGAGAGGGUCCGUGACUUCCUCUGGGCCAAGUUCACCGGCACCGGGAGCCCCGGCUCCUACGACAGCAUGGACUCUGACAAGCUGAGCGGGCUGUGGAGCCGCAUCUCCCACCUGGUCCUACCCAUACACCCGGUGCAGACCAUCGAGGAGGGGGGCUACUGUGCCAAAGCCUAGGGACAAAGGUGGCCAGAGCCCCGAGGAGGGUUGGAAAGAUGGUCCUGGCUGGCUCUGGUUCAGGCAGAGGCACCACCGGUGUUACUUCUCUUCAGUUUGUUUCUUGCAGGUUCCUGGGAAGAGUUUGACAGGUACAAGUUGAUCUGGGACAUUUGGGAAGCUGAGUCCUGGAGGUGAUACACACACUUCCUUCUGGCAGAUGGGAACAGGGGGUGUUUUAGGGUUCCACAGAAGAACAUCAACGUGUGGGGAGGGAGGAGGGAAAACAGGACCUGGCAGGUAGCGUUUCUAUCAAGAAAUAGACAAAUCAUGUUCAUUAUUAGUAUGACAGAAAGAUGCUGUGAUUCAGCAGCUCUUUCAUCUCUCCCUGCCCUCAACUUGCUAAAGUUGUGUACAUCAGUCUCACAAUAUACUUUAUCCAGGGAGCUGCUGGAACACAGGUCAAAUUCCUCAAGGCCCAACAUUUUGAAGGCAUGCUUGAAAAAGAAAAGCAGUUUGCCAGUCAAGCGUGUGACCAGUCAGCCCCAGUAGUGUCCCAUUUGCACAGCCUGACUGACACCAGGCAAAGCCCAGAUACUCAAACCUGCAAUUCAGAGAUCCCCUAAACAUCAAUUACCAGAAAUCCCAGGUUGUCAGCACUUGAACACUACCCUAAUGGCAGGAAUCCCAUGAGGGGAUCCCACGUGCCAAAGAACAAGCUCCAGAACCAGAGAGCAAUGGAACAGUGGCUGUCACCGUGAUAGUGUGAGGUCUCAAGGGAUUAGACAGGUGAAAAAAUGAAUAAUACAAUGUAAUGUAAUGCUUCCUCUCUCUAAAACAAGUCCAGUCAAUCCCUUUGCCACACAAAGGCUGUGACUCUCUCCUCAGGCUGAUGCUUUGGUCCCACACAACAGAUUGUCCUUCACCUGGAUCUCUGGUCUGUAUGCAGGGCUGGCAGCCUGUCCCAGCCUCUCCCCAGGUGACUUCUGAUGAAUGUGGAUGUUAACAUUGGUAUUUCAAACCAUGUAAGCUAGCACACCAGGUCCUUGCCCUCCAAGGGUACAUUUGCCUCCCUGCCAGGCAGAUGGAGCUCUGGCAUCUCCCAAAGCAAGUGGGAGAAGAGCUGGGUUAGCUGGUAAAGACCAAAUCUCUGCCAUUAACACUAAAACCCCUUGACAAAGCAGCUUCGUUUCUUUCCGUGCCUCCUCUUCUGCAUCCUAGGAAGAGAAAUCCAAGCCCUGGAAGCACUGUGGUUUCCCUGCACACUGUGUUUUUGCAGGUGCUGUGGGGCAGGGCAGCCAACUCAGGAACACCUGGAGGGGCAGGUGCAGGUUACAGCAUUUUUUAUAACCCAAGGGCAGCCCCAAGGGCCAGCCCCAAGUGCCUGUGCAGGAGCAGCUGUAGCAGAUGGUGGCCUUGCAGAGCCAGGCUCUGUGUCCAAACCAGAACAAAUCCACAGCACCACAGUGAUUUUUAGCAGCUGCACAUCUGGGUGCUCCUUACAGCAGCUGGACCCUGGUGCUGGAUGGGUCUCCUGCCAACAGUGCCUCGCUCAUCUGCCCCACCAAGGGCUUGGGGAGGUGCAGCCCUGCACCCUAAAAACCACAGCCUGUCUCUUCUUUCCCCCUGCCGUGUGCCUUGACCUGUCCCAGGAGCUUAGUGGCCCUUAACUUGGAGGAGGGGACAAAAUGAAGGAAGAGGGAGGGUUGUUUGUCCAUGUUCUGGCUGAAGAACAGACUUUUUGGUUGGCUGGGGAUGUGAAGACAAGACCACAGGGGUUUUAACUGUGAUAAACACUGGGCUAAAUGUGAGAACCACCCUGCUGGAGCCCAGGGCAUGGUUUGAUACAAGAUACAGCUUGCUUCCUCCUCUCCCUCUUUUCUAUUGCUGUACACUACUUUGGUGAGAGAAAACGCUGCAUCCUGCUCUGCAGGGUGUUGGUGUAAGAACCAGCAGAGCAUUCAUCAUGCUAUGCCAGUAUUUUGGUGGAAAUCUGUAUUUUAAUGUUCUCUCUCUCCAUUUUGCAUACUGUGUUUGCAGUGCAUAGCCCAGGGAUGCAAAGGCAACUCCCCAUUGCUGAAAGUGUCACCCACCUGAGUUCUUCCAAUACAGAGAUAUUUUUAUGGCCUUCUAAAGACAAAUAUCUGCUUGCUUCUGGAACAGGAUUUCUAUUUAAAAAUAAAUGGUGAGAUUGUGAAAGAAGCCAGCAAAGUGA